AUGGCGGAAUUGCAGGGGGCCGAACGUGCCCUCGACCCGGCCUGCUCCAACGGCAGGUUCACCAUCAGCACACUGAUCAGCCCUCCAGACAACGGGGGCAGUCACUACGGCCAGGCGGAAGCCGCAACGUACGACACCGCGCAGGCCAGCUACCUGACCCGCAACAGCACUUUCUACAUGCGGACCUUUGGCUACAACACCGUCGACGUGGUGCCCACCUAUGAGAACUACGCCAACACGAAGCUCCGUGGUGAAGCGAGGGAGGCGCGACCGACCCUUGCCGACCUGCACUCCUUCCUCAAGCAAGAAAGCAGCCGUUGCCACCCGCCCAGGUACGAACCCCACCAAAACAACAGCUGCUCCGAUGGAGGGACCGAGGAAGGAACCGCCGAAGGGAAGGGGAAGCCCCCGGGAGAGCCGGUCCGGUUCGGAUGGGUUAAGGGCGUGAUGAUCCGUUGCAUGCUUAACAUCUGGGGUGUCAUCCUGUACCUGAGGCUGCCUUGGAUCACUGCCCAAGCCGGAAUAGCACUGACUUGGGUGAUUGUCUUGAUGUCUGUUACGGUGACCACCAUCACGGGGCUGUCCAUCUCGGCCAUCUCCACCAAUGGCAAAGUUAAAUCAGGUGGGACUUACUUCCUCAUUUCAAGAAGCCUCGGGCCCGAGCUGGGUGGCUCCAUUGGCCUCAUCUUUGCUUUCGCCAAUGCCGUGGCGGUGGCCAUGCACACCGUGGGCUUUGCGGAGACCGUGCGGGACCUCCUCCAAGAAUACGACUCUGCGAUGGUCGAUUCCACAAACGACAUCCGCAUCAUUGGAGUCCUCACAGUAACGAUCCUCCUCGGUGUUUCCUUGGCUGGAAUGGAAUGGGAAGCUAAGGCGCAGGUCCUCUUCUUCAUAGUCAUCAUGAUCUCCUUCAUAAACUACCUGGUGGGCACGGUUAUUCCAGCCAGCGCCGAGAAGCAAGCGAAAGGAUUUUUCAGUUACAGAGCGGACAUUUUUGCGCAGAACUUCGUUCCAAACUGGCGUGGACCUGAGGGCAGCUUCUUCGGACUGUUUUCCAUCUUCUUCCCAUCGGCUACUGGCAUCUUGGCCGGGGCCAACAUUUCAGGUGAUUUAAAGGAUCCUGCAGUGGCCAUUCCUAAAGGGACCCUCAUGGCUAUUUUCUGGACAACAAUGUCCUACCUGGUUCUUUCUGCUACCAUUGGUGCGUGUGUGGUCCGGGACGCGUCUGGCAACGUGAACGACACCAUCCCAUUUGGAACGGCGGGCUGUGAGGGACCGGCCUGCAGCUACGGCUGGAACUUCUCCGCGUGCGCCCAGAGCCGCAGCUGCCACUACGGGCUCAUCAACCACUACCAGAGCAUGAGCAUGGUGUCAGGCUUCGCACCCCUCAUCACGGCAGGGAUUUUCGGGGCCACACUCUCCUCGGCCCUGGCCUGCCUCGUCUCAGCGCCCAAAGUCUUUCAGUGCCUUUGCAAGGAUCAGCUGUACCCCGCCAUCGGCUUUUUCGGGAAGGGGUAUGGGAAAAACAACGAACCCAUCCGGGGUUACAUCCUGACAUACUUUAUUGCCAUUGGCUUCAUUCUGAUCGCGGAGUUGAAUGCUAUCGCACCCAUCAUCUCCAAUUUCUUCCUGUGCUCCUAUGCGCUCAUCAACUUCAGCUGUUUCCACGCCUCCAUUACAAACUCACCAGGGUGGAGACCCUCGUUCAGGUACUACAGCAAGUGGGCAGCUCUGCUUGGCGCCACCAUCUCCGUGGUCAUCAUGUUCCUGCUGACCUGGUGGGCUGCCCUCAUCGCCAUCGGGAUCGUGGUCUUCUUGCUGGGAUACGUCCUGUACAAGAAGCCGGAGGUGAACUGGGGGUCGUCUGUACAAGCCAGCUCCUACAACAUGGCCCUGAACUAUUCCGUGGGACUCAAUGAGGUGGAUGAGCACAUUAAAAAUUACAGGCCGCAGUGCCUCGUUCUCACUGGCCCUCCCAGUUUCCGCCCAGCGCUGGUGGAUUUUGUGGGCACCUUCACCAAGAACCUGAGCCUGAUGAUAUGCGGGAACGUCUUUGUCGGGCCAUGCAAGUGGGCGAUGCCCGAGCUCAGACUUUCUUCCAGAGGCCACGCGAAGUGGCUGGCCACGAGGAAGGUCAAAGCUUUCUGCACCGAUGUCUUAGCUGAGGACUUGAGAAGCGGUGUGCGGAUCCUCAUGCAGGCCGCAGGCCUGGGGAGGAUGAAACCCAACGUCCUUGUGAUUGGAUUUAAGAAGAACUGGCAGACGGCCCAUCCGCGGACAGUGGAGGAACAUGUCGGAAUCCUGCACGAUGCUUUUGACUUCAGGUAUGGCGUGUGCAUGAUGCGCAUGAAGGAUGGGCUGAACAUUUCCCGGUUAAUGCAAGCUCACGUUAAUCCAGUUUUUGACCCAGCGGAAGAUCCGGAGAAGAACGAAGAUGCACCAGCCGUGAUGGGCACAUUGGAUCCCAGUGCUCUGGUAGCAGAACAACAAGCAAGCACCAUCUUCCAGAUGGAUCAGGGCAAGAAAAGUAUUGACAUCUACUGGCUGUUUGAUGAUGGGGGCCUGACGCUCCUCCUCCCAUACCUCCUGCACCGCAAGAAGAGGUGGGCGAAAUGCACGAUCCGGGUGUUUGUCGGCGGGCAGAUCAGCAGGAUGGACGACGAGCGGAAGGCGAUCAUCUCCCUGCUAAGCAAGUUCCGGCUUGGGUUCCACGAAGUCCACGUCCUUCCAGACCUUAACCAGAAACCUCGCCCAGAACACGUGAAGAGAUUCGAUGACCUGAUCGCCCCUUUCAGGCUGAACGAUGGCUUCAAAGACGAGGCGGCAGUGAACGAGAUGAGGCACGGCUGUCCGUGGAAGAUUUCUGACGAGGAGGUUGCCAAAAACAAGGCCAAGUCACUUCGGCAAGUGAGGUUGAAUGAAAUUUUGCUGGAUUGCUCAAGAGAUGCAGCCCUCAUCUUCGUGACCAUGCCGAUCGGCAGAAAAGGCCGAUGUCCCAGCAGCCUCUACAUGGCCUGGCUGGAGACCCUCUCCCAAGAUCUGAGACCGCCUGUCAUCCUGACCAGAGGCAACCAGGAAAAUGUCUUGACAUUUUACUGCCAAUAA